CUGUUUACACAAUACUCGCUGGAUAGUCGUGCCGAGUCGCGGUGAGAAGCGAUAUCGUUAUCACUCGGUCCCGACAACCUCGAUGUAACAGUGACCCACACUCUCAGCCAUGUAUGUGUUUGUAUUAGUUCUCGUCGCGAUGUCCAGCGUCGCUGUCGCAGAGCUCGACUUCUUGUUGCUCCACACUAACGACAUGCACGCCCGCUUCCAGCAGACCGACAAGUACUCUGGGAUCUGCGGGAACAUGAACUCGGGCCUCUGCUAUGGUGGGUUCGCGAGGCUCCACGCCGAAGCUGUAAGGAGGAAGCAGGAGGCGGAUAAUAAGGGCCUCCCGACAAUAUUCCUAAAUGCCGGGGACUCCUAUCAGGGAACGCCGUUUUACACUUUCUACAAGUGGCGUAUUGUCGCUAAAUUUGUCAAUAUGCUUGGAAUGGAUGUUAUGAGCCUAGGCAACCACGAGUUCGAUGACGGAAUUCCAGGUCUGGUGCCUUACAUAAAAGCAGUUUCUACUCCUAUUGUCUGCAGCAACCUGAACAUCUCCCAGGUACCCGAGCUGAAACUACCCAAACUCACUCCUUCCGUGGUUCUGACGGUAAACGGGACCAAGAUCGGAGUGAUCGGGUACCUCACUCCAGAAACAAAGUACUUAGCGACUCUCCAGAAUUUGGAGUUCCUCGACGAAAUCCCGAGCAUUCGAUUAGAGGCUCAGAGGCUGCGUAGUCAGGGUGUGAACAUUCUCAUCGCCUUGGGCCACUCUGGCUAUCCUAAAGACAUGGAAAUUGCGAGAGAGGUGGAAGAUAUAGACAUUGUUGUGGGAGGCCACACACAUACUUUCCUCUACAAUGGUACCCCUCCUGAUAUAGAAGAGCCUAAAGGACCAUACCCUACUGUGGUAACGCAGCCCUCAGGAAAGCAGGUUCCCGUAGUUCAGGCCUACUUUGCAACUAAAUAUCUGGGGUAUCUCGAGCUUCAUUUUGACAGCAAUGGAAACCUAAAGUCAUUUGAUGGAGCUCCAAUUUUGCUCAGUGGCAAUAUGCCUGAAGAUACUGAGAUUCUUAAAACGUUGGAGCCUUACGUACAGAACAUGUCCGCCACUACUCACCAAAUCAUGGGAUACACAAGCGUUCUUCUGGACAAUGAUAACACGAAGUGUAAAUUAGCUGAGUGCAACAUAGGCAAUUUAAUCACGGAUUCCUACGUCGAUUACGCGACUAGACACUACCCGACCUCGAAGGGAUGGACUCCGGCAGCCAUCGGCGUCACUCAGGCAGGUGGCAUCAGGGCAUCCAUCAAUACCAAGACUAACAGCAACCAUAAUGGUUCCAUACCUUUAGAAGACAUCAUGACAGUUAUACCAUGGGGUGACAAGGUAUUAAUCUUGAAUAUGACUGGAAGCGUGCUGCUGGAGGCGCUCGAACACUCAGUGGCGAGGUACGAAGAUACGAUCACAGGUCACGUGUCCGAGUUCCUGCAGGUAUCAGGAAUACGUGUUGUGUACGACAUGGGUCGUCCAAGUGGCCACCGUGUUGUCACAGUGUCGCUGUUGUGUGCUGACUGUAGUGUUCCUGUCUACAAACCACUAGAGCUCGACAUGUACUACGGUGUAGUGGUUCCAGACUUCCUCGCUCUGGGAGGUGACAACUUCCUAAUCUCUAGAAACGUCACAAAUACCACCAUGUUUGAUGACGUUGACUACAUGGUUUUCGCCAACUACAUUGAAGCCCACAGCCCCGUAUAUCCAGCAGUGGAGGGUCGCAUUACAAUUAUAAACCCUACCAGUUCUCGGUCUGGGGCCUCCUUUAUGUCACUCUCUACCUAUUGGAUUAUUCUGGCUACAGUUCCCACUAUGGCCUAUCUACUUUAAUACGUUUAGAUAAAAAUAAAUAUACAAUUAAAUCUAAUGAUAGACAUAGUUUAAGGUGUUGCGGUAGGUUUUCGAAAUAAGACAAUUUGUACCUGGUAAAUAGCAUUACGUGUUUGAUAUUAUCUGACAUCUUCUAGUGACAGGAACCCCAAUGUAUUUGAUUUAACUUUUUCACUUCAAUAUACCUCCAUUCAGUGUCUUUUUUUACAUUACAAACGUUUAUUGGUAUUAACUUGUAUUGAUUUUUAUUAGAAUGACUGUGAGAGUGAACUAUAUUCCAGCACGCCUAUAAUUUUUUUUAAUUGAAAUUAAAUAAAAAAUAUAUAAAAUCCUAUUUGAAAAUGUACACUAAUCUAUGUGUGUUCGAAAAUUGAAAGGAAAAUAUCUUUUCCACACGUCAAAUUGACGUAGAACACUACGUCCUUGUUCGAACACCAUAUUAAAAUCAAGUUUUGUUUUAUCUUUUCGAAGUAGAACAUUAUAAUUUUAAUUCCUCCUGUACUUUUUGUCUAAUGAACAUCAACGAUAAGAACUUUUAACUUUUGCUUUUUGUUCUCAAUGUAUAAAUAAGAUAUGUACACGUAUAAUAUAAUUACCAAAAGGAAUGCCUGGUUUGGGCUUGAGAGAAAUUCAACAUCCAAUAACCUAUAAGUAGAUCUAGGUUUCUAAGCAAGUCCUCGUGGGCCACUGGCCUAUGCGAGGAUCUUAUCAUACGUAAUGAGGGGAGAGUAGAUACAGUACAAAGUCAAUGCUAUUGAUAAAAAGUGCUAAGAUCGCAGACAGGAUUUGAACCUGCUCUAUCUUAUAUCUAUGGUCGUUCGUUUGUCUGCAAUAAUAAUACGGAACUGGUUAAAUAUAAGCGUUAUUUUUCAGAACUUAAAAUUAAAAAAAUUAAUGUUCAUGCAUUUUACGUAAUGAUCAUUGCCUCUGUGCGUUGAAAUUAAAUAUAAUAAAAACAGGAUGACAAUUUUGAAAUGUAAAUUGGUCUCUAUGUUAUUCUGUGUGUUGUGUUCAGACUGGUCAUUCGAAAUCGAAACCCAAUUGGUUUAGUAAUGUUUUCAUGAUGAAGGGAUUAACGCCCUUGUAUCCAUGUACUCAUUUCAAUCUAACAUUUCACAUUUAUAGAAUUAGUUGUUGGAUAAAAUCAGAACAACAGUGUAAAUACUACUUUGUUACUAUUUAAAUGCGUAUAACAUGCUAUUGUUGUAUUGGUAAUAUGUAUUUAAACCUACUAUUAGUCCAAAUAUUUUCCCUCAAUAGGUUUAAUUUGUAUUUAUGUUAACCAAUCAGUCUUUUAAAACCACGAUAACCUUUCUUUAUUUAAUUUGUUCUUGUUAAACUUAGUGAAAUUUAAGAAGGAAUAAUUAAGAAGAAUGCUAUAAUUUUUUUUAUUUUCUAAUAUAUGAACUGAUAUAUGACCGAAGCAUAUAUAAUUUUAAAUGGUCAUUUUCAAGCAGAAUGUUUAUAAUCCUGACACAAUUGAGGCGGUCCAUUCCAAAACUUACAUAAUCCAAUUCCUGAAAUAUGUCAGGAAACAAUAAAAACGUUUAAUUUAAUAACUUUACAGUAAAAUGUUAUUUUUGGGUGUUCUUCAGGUGAAGGAUACAUGUUUUCAUAAAAUAGUGUAAACCUUUUUCACUUUAGAUGUCUAGUUUUUUUCAAAAUUAACAUUAAAGUUUGGAUAAUGUUAGUUUUGCCCUGACACCAAUGGAUAAAGUUAGUUUUGGAAAGAUGGUGUUAGGAUAAAGUUAGUUAUAUCAUGACACGUUUUAAUUUUGGCUAACAUAAAACACUUAAAACAAAUUAAAUGUUGUGAUUUUGACUAACUUAGGGGCUAUUCCUUUAAUUGACCAUCACUGGGAGUAUGGUGAAAUAUAAAAGAAUGGUUAUUUAUAUAUUGUUUUUAUUAUACAUCAAACACGUAAAAGUACAAUGAAGGGCAGUAAAACCUUUUGACAUCUUUAAGAAGAUCAACCUUACUAGUUACUACAAAAUAAAACAAACUGAUGACAACUGUUAAAACAAAUUGAGGAAAGUCCCACUGGUAGAACUAAUUUGUAGUCUACUAAACUACAAAAUCAUCUUCUUGGGCUUGGUGACCUCCACAAUACUCCUCCACAUCUGGUACUUUCCUCUUCUGUGAUUCCCUCGUUUUCCAUCAUCAAACUUUUGAAGAACUGAAGGUCUUCUCUUUGAUCCUAAUCAUCACCAAAAUGUUUUUUAGUAAUUUUGUGAUGUCUGUUAAUUUUGCCUUUUUGAUUGGAACUCCUUUUGUGACUGCUGACAAAACUAUAUCUUUAAUAGAUUUACCAGGUUUUGUCAAACACUUGGGGUUUUCGCAAUCGGAGUUGUAGCUCCUCUCCCCUUUUACCAACACCCUGUUCCGUUGAAUGUUUCUGCUGAAAACAAAUCUCUUAACAAGACUAAAUUUAAAAUGCCAUGCUUUCAAUGGUUUUAAAUAUUCAGCAGCAGUUUCUUUCCAGUUAUAAACUGAACAGUCUACACCUAAUAUGCGUACUGUACCAUGCUCAGCAAAUAGGUCAAUGUAGGUUUUUGGAUUAGUGAUGGUUGGUAUCUUUCGAAGUGUCUUCUCAAUCCGACCAAACACUCUAUCAGAAGGAAGGAAAGAGUGGCCAGGUACAGGGAAUAUAAGUUCAAUGUUCUUGAUAUUAGCAGGGGCAAUGUUCAACAAAAAGUAGCUUAACAUAUUCACCAUUAUAGAAUUACGAUUCUGCCCUCCACAACCAUCAGCGCACAAUCGAAUUGUCUUAAACGAACUCAGGUCACUUUUUGACAAAACAUCAAAAAUUAUGGAACAUAUUUCAUUUGAACCUUUACUGUGCUCGUUUUAUUGCCAUGUAUAUAUAAAAAACAUUCUCAUUUGUUAUUUGUGCUAUUGAAGAACCCUUCACUACUGUAGAGUUGUAAGUAUACAACUGGCGGCUAUAGUAAGCUGCCUGGUCCGGUACCUUAGGGUUAACUAAAUUCUUUUGGCAGUCAAAUGAAAAGGUAACCAUAUUAUAAUUUUCCUCUCUAAGUUUGGCAUAGAAAGCUUUACCUCGAAGCUUGUGAACUCUCAACUGAGUCAUCGAUUCUACUUUUUGUACUUGGUUCUGUUCAACCUUGAUUUUCUCAUGCAGUUCAAUACAUUUUGAGCAAGCAUCAGUCACUGGUCUACCAAUUCCAAUAUUGUAACAUUGGCAGAAAAUAUUCCUGAAGAAAGUCCUUUUGACUUUUAAAGACUCGUUUACACUAGAGAUGUAAAUUUUCCAAAGUUUUGAAAUAUUUAAUUCACAACUGAGAUAUUGCCUGGAACUUCUUCCUCGGCAAUAGUGAGAUUGUACUCCCUUUAGCUUUUCAAUAAAUGAUUUUACACUUUCUCUUUCAAUGCGGAAUUUCUCUCCACCUCUUUUUUCAACAGGCAUCUGUCCGGUGGUGGCAUAAUUUUUCGCAAUGUUGUUAACACGAAAUCUACUAACACCUAAAAUUCCGAGAAAUGUUUUCUGACAUACCUGAAUCUUAAAGUCCUUGGUCCCCUUAAUUUUUACUAGUUACUUAACUGCGACGCUCUUCUCUCCACCAUUUUGUUUGGAUCUUUCUCUUUGAGGUAAUGACACUUCAAUAUGUUUCAAGAUGAAUGUAUCUUGCUGAGUCUUCACAGGGUAUUUGUAAAAUGCAUCAUGGAACUCCUUUACGUCAGACAUCCUUAGUGAUUUAAAUUUGUAUGUUGGGCCAUUAUGAAAACAUCUUGGAGGUUCUGGCAUUUGAGUAGGCAUGUGCCUGAAAACAAACAAAUUCAUCAGGCUAAAGGUUUUAAAGAAAGUAAAAUUGGUUAGAGCUUUUUAAACAACGACCACACAUCUACAAACAAUGACCGAUGACUGGAAAACAACAAUCGACAACUUUAUGACAUCCGAACUCAUGCUUUUAUCCAAACUCAGGAUAAAAAAACU